AUGCGGUUUUGGUCCGUAUCAGGUGGGGUUUUUCCACUAGUGGUAGUACCUAAGGGUGUUGGUUACGUGAACAAAGUGAUAGGGGGUCAAAAGGAGGAAAGCAAAGUUGAGGGGAUUCUGGUGGUGAGAGAAUUUCCUGAUGUAUUUCCAGAAAAUUUACCGGGGUUCCCACCACAUAGAGUGGUCGAUUUUCAUUUAGAUUUGGUGCCAAGGGCUACGCCGAUAUCCAGAGCUCCUUAUGUAAUGGCUCUUGUAGAAAUGGCCGAGUUGAAAAAGCAAUUAGAGGAGUUGUUGCAAAAAGGUUAUAUUCAACCUAGUGUGUCUCCAUGGGGUGCACCAGUGUUGUUUGUACCUUUGCUCGAUCGGUUCGUGGUGAUCUUUAUAAACGACAUAUUGGUGUAUUCCAAAGAUCGCAAAGAGCAUGAAGAACAUUUAAGAGAAGUUUUAGGAAUAUUACGAAGAGAGAAACUCUACGCAAAGUAG